CCGGAACUUUUGAGUCGGCCAAUCACUUCUGGAAACUUUUUUUUUUUUCUUGCAACAAGCUUUCUCCCGUUUGUCGAGCAGGAAAAAAAAUCUCAGCCAGGAAUGAUUUAGUUGGGUUUUUUUUUUUAUUUUAGGAGGAAAACAGACAAAUGUUCGUGGAUCCGGCUGCGGGACUGUAGCGCCUCGACUCGUCUCGUCUUUUCAAACCAGCCACAGAGCAGCAGGAGGAGCCAACAUGCCACAGCAGAAGGACAUCGUGAAGAUCGCCAUCCAGAUGCCUGGGGCUUAUCCCCAGCUCAUACAACUGGACCAGAAAAAGCCUCUCUCUGCUGUCAUAAAGGAGGUCUGUGAUGGCUGGAAUCUCCCAGGUCCUGAUAACUACGCUCUGCAGUACGCUGAUGGAGUGCAGACGUACAUCACUGAGUCGAACCGUCUGGACAUUAAGAACGGCUGCAUUCUGCGUCUGACCAAGGCACCGGGCCGCUGCGCUGAGGAUCUGUACAAGGGCAUCCAGAGCUCCGACUCGGGCGUGCGCUGCGAUUCGCUGAAGCAGCUGGCCAGCGUUUCCACGGACGUGACCUUCGCUCAGGAGUUCAUCAGCCGAGACGGACACACCCUGUUGGUCAAGAUAGUAGAGGAGGCUAAUGAGGCUCCUGUGAUCAUGACCCACACGCUGACCAGCUUCAUGGAGCUGAUGGAUCAUGGGAUAGUUUCCUGGGAGAACCUCUCCUCUGUCUUCAUCAAGAAGAUCGCCAGUUUUGUCAACGCCAAGGUGGGGGACGCGUCCAUCCAGCAGGUGUCGCUGGACAUCCUGGAGAGCAUGGUGCUGAGCAGCCACAGCCUCUUCCUGCAGGUCAAACAUGAAAUCACCCUGGAGAGGCUCAUCACUCAUCUGCAGGUGACGAACCAGCAGAUACAGACGAAAGCCAUGGCCCUGCUCAUGGCCUUACUGCAGACGGCUGGAGACGCAGACAGACAGGAGCUGUUUGCCUUCCUGACCAAGAAGAAUCUGCGGCAGUACAUUUACAAAAAUAUCAUCCACAGUUCUGGUUCGGUCGGGGACGAGAUGGCUCACUACCUGUACGUGCUGCAGUCGGUCACCUUGAAUCACCUGGAGCCUCGCAUGAGGACGCCGCUGGACUGCUACAGCCCGGAGCAGAGGGACAUCCUUCACGGUUUGCGGCAGGCGGCGUUCGAGACGGAGAGCGACAACAGCCUGAGCACCGAGAGGCGGCGCUCGCUCUGCGCCAAGGAGUUCAAGAAGCUCGGCUUCUCUAACAACAGUAACCCCGGUCAGGACUUGGUGCGAACCCCCCCUGGUCUUUUAGCACUGGACACCAUGUUUUAUUUCGCCUCUCGCUAUCCUGACGCCUACAGCAGGUUUGUUUUGGAGAACAGCAGCAGGGAGGACAAACACGAGUGUCCGUUUGCCAGGAGCAGCAUCCAGCUCACGCUCAUCCUCUGUGACAUCCUUCGCAUCGGAGAGCCCCCCUCGGAGACGGGCUCAAAUUACCACCCCAUCUUCUUCAGCCAGGACCGGCUGAUGGACGAGCUUUUCUGCGUCUGCAUCCAGCUGCUCAACAAGACGUGGAAGGAGAUGAGAGCCACGCAGGAGGACUUCGACAAGGUGAUGCAGGUGGUGCGGGAGCAGAUCACCCGGACGCUGUCCACCAAGCCCACCUCCCUGGAGCUCUUCAAGAACAAGGUGAACGCCCUCAACUACAGCGAGAUCCUCAAGCUGCGGCAGACGGAGCGGCUGCACCAGGAGGAGACGCUCGCCCCGCCCGUGCUUGAGCUCAAAGAGCGUCUGAAGCCGGAGCUGCUCGAGCUGAUCCGCCAGCAGAGACUCAACAGGCUCUGUCAGGGAACUCUCUUCAGGAAGAUCAGCAGCCGGCGCAGACAGGAUAAGCUGUGGUACUGUCGGUUGUCGCCCAAUCACAAAGUGCUGCACUACGGCGACGUGGAGGAAGACACGGACAAUCCACCAAUAGAAACGCUGCAAGAGAAGAUUCCUGUAGCAGAUAUCAAAGCCCUGCUGACGGGGAAAGACUGUCCCCACAUGAAGGAGAACAAAGGCAAACAGACGAAGGAGGUGUUGGACCUGGCAUUCAGCAUCACGUACGAUGUGGAGGAGUACAGUCUGAACUUCAUCGCCUCGUCCAGGACUGACUUCUGCCUGUGGACGGACGGCCUGAGCGUGCUGCUGGGACGGGACAUGAGCAGCGAGUCGAUGCGCAGCGAGCUGGAGAUCCUGCUCUCCAUGGAGAUCAAGCUCCGCCUCCUGGACCUGGAGAACGUCCCCAUCCCGGACAGCGCCCCGCCCGUCCCGAAGCCGCCCAGCAACUACAACUUCUGCUACGACUUCAGCCAGGCCGAGCAGUAGUCCCCGUGCGUGUGUGUGUGUGUGUGUGUGUAAGUGUGUGUACGUUUGAAUUAAGAGGUGUGUGUGUGUGUGUUUGAGAUCUGUGCGUCCAUGCACUUACUCCUAUUAGUCCCUCUCUCUGUUGAACUACAACAAUCACUCUGGUUGGAGGAGCCGCUCCCAGAAACCUGACAGUGCUCACGCCGCCGCUCCUCCUGCGAGACCAGACACUGACAACGCAAAACUGCAACACUUGAUCUCAUGCAGCCCAGCAGACCUGCUCCCGUAACGGUACUUUAAGACUGUUUUAUAAUCAUUUUUCUAAAUAUAUAUGAGAGUAUAUGCAAUAUUCCUGUGUGUGUGUGUUGACGUUGCCGGGAGGCAGAGACGCAGAGGACAGAUCAGCUGCUCCCGAUGAUGACGCCGGCAGCUGAUCUCGAGGCGUUCAGCUGCUUCUGUCUGCUCUGACAAAUUCUGCUCUGCUCCAGUCUUUUUUGUUUGUUUGUUUGUUUGUUUGAUGUUGUUGUUUUUUUUAAAUCAAUCACAGUUUUGAGUCUGUCUCUGAGCACUGAACACAACAGUUUCCUGAUUCAGUUUGGUACAAGUUAGCUUUAAAUAGUCCUCUAAGGUAAGGUGUGGUAUGUUAGUCCUCAUUUCCAGCGUACUAAGGAGAAAUAUAAAUAAAUAUAUAUAUAUAUUUAAUGUUCAGCAUAAACUGCAGCCUGUAUGUAGUUUCCUUGGUACGGAUCUCAGCGGCUCAACAGUGAUUUGCUUGGAUGUGAUUUUCACUCUGCUAGGAAAUGUGAUCAGGUUUGUUCAUGAGGUACCUGAGUGUUCAGCCUCUGGACGGCGUGGCUGAAGCACGUCUGCAUUUUGUACCAGCCUGAGUCUGUGUGUGUGUGUGUGUUUUUUUUGUUUUUUUUUUCACUGUAAAACAGUAAGACCAGUGACAGGCGACUGUAACUGUGUCACAGCAGGAGAAUGAACUUGUACAAGUUUUAUAUCCUAACAACAAUCAUCCCUGUAAACUGGUCUCAGUGAUGCUCACACCUCUGUGUGCACAGACUUGGAUCAUAAUCCUGAAUAAAUUCUGUGGUGGAGUCAUUUUAUUUUUGGAAUACAGAUUAAUCUGGUGUAGAAAGUGGUACACAGUGUUGAUACAGAUACUGAGAGGAUUUUAUUCAACAAACUGAUCGAUGUCUCCAGCAGAUUGUGUGUGUGUGUGUGUGUGUGUGUGUGUGUGUGUGAAUAUUUACUGGGCGUCUCCACCGGGCGACCAUUCGCCUUUUCUGCCAGCAGGAUGGUUCACGUCCACGUGCACGUGUCGUUUUCCUGAUUCAACACACACACCACUCUAACGCUCACCUUCAGUCCCACGCUUUGCAACCAAGAUGGACGACCUGACCUGAAUAAAGAGUUUGAUUUAUACUGAA